AAAAAAACCUGAGAGAUUCUCCAGAAAACAAAACGUACGGCGACGGAGAGAUCAAGAGGAGAAGAAACCACCACAUUGCCUUCGGUUUCUCCGCUUCUUAACUUCUCCAUCCUUCUCCGUCUCGUCUCUGCUUCCUUGAUCCGUGAAUCGGCGAGUUCGUCGUUUUCCAAUUUAGACGGAACUGAAAAAUUGAUCUGUCUUAAUGUCGACGGUCUCAUGCUCCACGGCAAGCUCUAGCAGAGGAUGUGGAACUAGUUUUCCAUCAAAGAUAUCUUCUUUACCAGCAUUCAAUUCUCCUAACUUCAUCAAAAUUGGGACAAACUCUCAGAGUGACAGAUUAAGUAGUCAUCGUUUAGCAUUGGUACACGAAAACCGGAAAGCAAAAAGAACAAAUGUACGUAUGGCAUUGGUCGAUGAAAGACAAUUAACGGGUCAAAGUGUUGCUGAUCCUCCUCGGAUCCUGCUGAGAGAUUCUGUGUGUGUGGGGACUGAUGUAAUGAUACAUACGCAGGUGAAAUGGAGAUGGAAGGAAGACAAGUCUGUUCCAGAUACACCUACUGCAGUUCUCCUACACGGAAUCUUAGGCAGCGGCAAAAACUGGGGCACUUUUGCUCGAAGAUUGGCUCACGAGUUCCCAACUUGGCAGUUUCUCUUGGUAGACUUACGUUGCCAUGGGGAUUCAGCUUCUCUCAAGAAGAGAGGUCCACACUCUGUUGCUUCAACUGCUUCUGAUGUUCUGAAACUUGUUGGUCAGUUGAGGUUAACACCUCGGGUCCUUGUUGGUCAUAGCUUUGGGGGGAAAGUUGUUCUAAGCAUGGUAGAGCAAGCAGCUAAGCCUCUUCCACGACCAGUCCGUGCUUGGGUAUUGGAUGCUACUCCUGGUAAAGUUCGUGCAGGAGGAGAUGGAGAGGAUCAUCCACGUGAGCUCAUAUCAUUCCUACGUAAAUUGCCUAAAGUGGUCUCAUCCAAGCGCGAGGUCUAUAACGCUCUUAUCAAAGAAGGGUUUUCCAAUGACGUUGCACAGUGGGUGGUUACCAAUCUCAGACCUACUGGACCAUCGUCUUCUAGCUUCUCGUGGGCAUUUGACCUAGAUGGGAUCGCUGAACUUUAUCAGUCCUACGAAGACACAAAUCUAUGGGACUUUGUUGAGAAUCUUCCAAGAGGUGUGCAUGUGAAUUUUCUGAAAGCCGAAAGAAGCUUGCACCGCUGGGCCCUAAAAGACCUUCAACGGAUCCAUGCCGCUGAAGAGCUCGCCUCUGAAGGAGGAGGCGGAGUAGAAAUGCAUGUACUGGAAGAUGCAGGUCACUGGGUUCACACGGAUAACCCGGAUGGUCUCUUCAGGAUCUUGUCAUCUUCUUUCCAGGUUCACAGGUCCUAG